AUGAAUAAUGAGUAUAUGGAUGGCUCAAUCAUAAGUGAUAUAGUAAGAGCAGAUAUUGAAAGAAGAAAGAAAACAAUAGAUGAUAUAAUAAAUUUUAAGGGAAGGAUGCCAGUAAUUGAAUAUAAUAAGAAGGGUAAUGAAAUGGAUAUAUCUUCCGAAUACCAUUUUAUAAAUAAUAUAUAUAUUAAUGUGAAAUAUGAAAAUAAUAAAUUUAAUUUACAUUUUGUGGAUAAAGAUUAUUCAAAUGUUGAAAAAAGAGAAGAAAAAGGGAAUCCCAGCUUUAAAAUAGGUGGGUUUGAAAAUAUGGACACGACAAGAGACUUUGAAUUUGAUAUAACAAAUAGUGCACUAGAAAAUAGUAUGUAUACUGAACUUGAUAAUGGUUUAAUUCAAAAUGAAGAUGAAAAUUAUUCUCAAAGCAAUAGUACUAUGAAAGAUAAUAUAUAUGAUGAGAUUGAAGGUAUGAAUUUUAAUAAAAGUAUAAACACAUAUUUAGAUAAUGAAAUGAUAAAUAAAGAAUUAGAUGAUUGGGUUCGUUAUAUAAAGGGUGGACCAAAGACCAAUUAUAUAAUACUAUUAAGCGGUACAUCAGGAUCUGGUAAAAGUACAUUAAGUUGUUUGCUAAGUUUAUUUUUAAAAAUUAAUAGAAUUUUAUCUACAGAUGUAAUACGAGAAAUUUUAAGAAAAUAUGAUACAAAUGAUGAUAAAUAUCUAAAAUAUUCAACAUAUGAAUCAUGGAAAUUAGAUAGUAAUGAUGAUGAGAAAUAUGAGGGAAAUCUACGUAUAAAUAAAAGUGCAACUAAUAUGGGUAACAGAAUAGGAUGUACUAAUGAAAGCAACGAAGGGAACCCAUAUGGUGCUUAUUAUGAUCCUAAUACCAGUUUUUCAAAUGAGAAAAUGAUGAAUGAAUGUGAAAGUGAUUCAUCCGAAUAUUUAAAAGAUAAUAUUUCUCAGUCUGUAUUGAGAAAGAGAUGCAUUGAAAAUUAUUCAAAACAAUGUACCCUUUUGUAUGAUUUUAUCGAUGAAAUUAUUAAUUACCAUGUUGUGAAUAAUGAAUCUAUAAUAAUGGAAGGUGUACAUAUAACUGCAGAAUUAAUAAAUAAACUGAAUAAUAAAUAUCCAAAUAAAAUAAUAUUUUUUUUAGUUUAUAUUAAUGAUAAAGAGACAAGUAUUCAACGAUUUUCAAGUAGAACUAUUGAUUCAAAUACGGAAGAAAAUAAAUAUAUUAAAAAUAUUAAAUAUAUAAAUGAUAUACAAAAAAAUUUAAUAGAAACUACAAAAAAAUUAGAUCCACCAAUUAACUAUAUUGAAAACAUAGAUAUUUAUAAUUCUUUGGAACAAGCUCUUAAUGUAAUUUACUCAUCUCCCUAA